CUGGCACCACGAACAAAAGCAUUUUUUCGCGUCACCAAAGUAAAAUGUGCGAUUAAACUGAAAAUCAAUGAAAAGUAAUACCACUAAUUAGUACGGACUAAAGUGCGGAACAACAAUUUAGAUGAUUGUGCAACAAUUUAAAAAACUGCGCGCCAUAAUUGUAUUGAUAAAAUACCACCAAAAAAUCCCGUGUUCGUCCGGGACAAAAAUCGCCUAAAUUACGGUACAACACUUUUUUUCGGGCAAAAAAACGCGGAAAAUCCGGUCAAACGAAUAACGCUACUGCCAUUCAAUAUUCAAAAAUAUGGACGAAGGAAGCGGCGACCAUGGAAUGGACCUGACCAAGGUCUCCGUGGUGCGCUCCGCCAAAGGCGUUGACAUGCUCUGUGUGGACGACUACCUGUACCAUUUCGAUCGCAUUGGCAAGAACAACACCUACCGGUGGCUCUGCAAUCGACGAAAAGAUAAAACGACUCCCUGUAAAUCUCGCAUAUGCACCGUUCUGGCCAAUGGCCUGGACAAGACGCGGCACGUUGUCGUGGAUGUUCCCGUCAAUCACAUCCAUCCCCGUUGCAGCGAUCAUGAGGUUAGCAAGGUGGCACAACGCAAGCGUAUCGCCAUUAUGAAGAAGAACGAUGCGUACAGUUCCACACAGCCGAAAAGAGCGCGACAGUAUGAACGGGCAUCGGGAACAUUGAAUCCACCCGAAUUUAUUUGCAAUGGAGCCAGCAGCAUUGACAUCACAUCUCUGGAAACGACUUUUCAAGUCGACUUUGAGGACAAGGACCGUGUGUACAUGCUGCGACGUCGCGAUGGCCGUGUUAUGGUCUGCAUCGAUGGACAUCUGUAUUAUUUGGGCGGAAAGUCAUACAAGGGCGAGAUUUAUCGUUGGACAUGCGUCCGUAAGCGGGACAUUGAGUGUACGGCCAAGAUAUGCACGGAGGCCACACUGGAUGGGGGACAUCGUCUGCAUAUGAUCGAGACGGACGCUCACAUACAUCCACAUUAUUCGGCCGAAAAGCUGAUGCAAAUGUUUGCCAAGCAUAAAAUCUUGUUGGUCGAAGACGAACAAACAAAUGACGUCCUUCAGGAGUGCCCCAAUAUAGAAUACUUUGACCCGGAUCAAUCAAUUGACAUAUCGCAGUGUGACGAUAUUGAAUCGCUAAUUAUAGAGGAUUGUGAGGAGAACUAUAAUGUGUACAUGGACGAUGACCAGAGUGCAGAGAUUUCUGGCGACCUGGCAGAGUCCCAGAACGAAGAGGAACAACCGGAGCCUCGCCUACGAUACAAGAGGACCAUCUGGCCUGUGGCACAUGAUGUCAUAGCAAACUAUAUUGAGACGCCCGGCUACAAUGCACUGACAGAAACCGAUUUGACCAAGUUCACGUUUCUGCCAUCGGCCAAGGGCCGCAAGGUGCUUUGCUUGAAUCGAUUCCUGUUUCACUUUGACUCGCAGAGUCGGUCCAACGGCCACAUGUUCUUCACGUGCAUCAUGCGACGCGACAAGCAGUACGCCUGUCACGUGCGCAUCACCUUGACGCCAGUUGGUCCGAUGGUGCUGCGCAUCAAUGGUGAGCACACCCACGGUCCAGAUUUCAAGGAAAUCCAGAAACGAAUCAACCAACAGGCCAAAAUAGAACGUGAUAAUCCGCCCGAGCGUCAGUUGACCAUAUCGGAGUUGAUAGAAUACGAUAGCGAGGAAGAUACUGGGCAACAUAGUGCCGAUGGCAGCUACGAGCAACUGGAGAACCACUUGCAGCAGGACCAGGACAAUCAAGAGCCGCAGGCAAGUGUUGUGAUGAAAAAGGUAAUCGGCAUCGAUGGCGCCAUCAAAAUGGAACCCGACACCACCAAGUCCAUGGUCGCGGAAUAUGUCGAAUUUGGUGCAGAUAAUAUAAGCACCAAGGUUGAAGAAACGACCAAUGAUGAAAUGGAUGAUGGCCAAACCGAAACACACACCGGACACAGGACAAACACAUCCACACCGUUGCCCAAGGGACCACCACAGCCAGAAAUCACGAAUAUACGUCGCCGUCGAGAUAUUCUGGAGCCUGCAAAAGAGCAACUCCAUCCGGAUAUGGAUCUAACGAAAAUCUGCACUUUACGCUCGGCCAAAGGCAGCGAACUGUUGUGCGUCGAUGGUUAUAUAUAUCAUGCCAAGAAUCGUGGCGUUAUAUCGCGUAAUUAUUGGGUCUGCAUCAAGAGUCGCGAUCCGGAGAUCAACUGCAAGAGUCGCAUAUCCACAGCCACCCAAAAGGAUGGCUCCAUACGUGUCCUGCGCGUCUACAACGUUCACACGCAUCCAUUCAGCGAGGAUGACAUCAAACGGCGCCUGUUCAACGAGAUCAACAAGCAAAAUAACAAGAAACUCAAAUUUCGGCCACUCCACUUCAUCGGCAAGUCGCUGGACGAGAUAAAGCAAGAGUAUGGCGAUCUGGCCAUCGAGCGUCUGAGUGUGUCCAACAUCAGUAAUGACAUUAUGGUCCAUACAAAGCCCAGAUUACCAUUACCAAGUCCUAGUAAGAAUGGCAGUGGCAGAGACUCUGUGACAUCUAUAACCAAAUCCGAGCCGCUGGAGGAAGGUGAGGAGGCCGAUGUUGUGAUCGAAGACGAAGAGGAGGAGCAGGAACAGCAUGAACAAGUCUCCGUAAUAGAUGAUCAGUACAUAGAAAUGGAGCAUGACAAUACGGAUGCCAUCAUUGAGGUUGUGGAAGAAGUUGCCGAUGAAAUGGAAAGCUAUGCUGCCAAUGAACCCGUAUACACGAUGAAACUGUAUGCCGUAUCCGAUGGACCGCCCUCGCUGGCCGUACGAAUGACUUUAAAAGCUUUGGAUAUAGAAUAUCAACUAAUUAACGUGGACUUUUGUGCCCUGGAGCAUCGCACCGAAGACUAUGCAAAGAUGAAUCCGCAAAAGGAAAUACCCGUACUGGACGAUGAUGGUUUCUAUCUAUCGGAGAGUAUUGCCAUUAUGCAAUAUCUGUGCGAUAAAUAUGCGGCAACAAGCUCGACGCUAUAUCCGCAGGAUGUGAACAACAGGGCAUUGGUCAAUCAGCGUCUGUGCUUCAACAUGGGAUUCUACUAUGCCCCCAUUUCAGCCCACAGCAUGGCACCCAUUUUCUUUGACUACGAGCGGACGCCCAUGUCCCUGAAGAAGGUGCAAAAUGCCCUGGAGGUGUUCGAAACAUAUUUGGAACGAUUGGGCUCCAAGUAUGCCGCUGGCGACGAUGUAACCAUAGCUGAUUUUGCUUUAAUCUCGGCCACCAUUUGCCUGGAGGCCAUUGAUUUUGAUUUGACGCCUUAUCCGUUGGUCAACAAGUGGUACAGUACUUUUAAGGAAGAAUACCCGCAGCUGUGGGAGAUUGCCAACAGUGGAAUGCAGGAGAUAAAUGCCUUUGAGCACAAUCCACCGGAUUUGUCUGAAAUGGAACAUCCAUUUCAUCCGACGCGCAAGUCCAAGGCUUGAGAAUUAUUAAUUAGGUUUAACGGAGUUUUUGUAAAAUUAUCUAUGAUUGUAAUUAUUGCUUUAACAUUUUCAAUAUAUAUGAAUAUACAUAUACUUUUUCCA